GCACACCUCGAAAAACAUCUAAAUACUGUCCUUAUAACAAAAGGACUCCACUCCAACCACAAAAUGAAAGUGAUAAACGACUGCCAACGUCACAUCUAGUGUGUUAGAUGACCGACCCUCUGUCCGAAGUCGUCUCUGCUGACAAUCUGCCGUCCGAAGAUGAUAAUUCCUCUACAAUCUUGGACGAUUUCUGUGUACCUGAUUUGGAGGACAGCCCACAAGGUUGACUGCCCCCUGAAUCUUAAUACGAAAAAGGAACUGUUUCAAAAACAAGAAACGAUACAAGGCCACAAAAAACGCUUGAACUGUGCUGUACACAGAGCUCAUCAAACGUGCAGAGUGGUACAAGUCUUCAACAAUCGGUACAGGCUGUACUGCAAGGGUGGCACCCUCUCUGAGAAUUUCUCCCCUGAUGAAAUGAUGCCUUGCCUCAAGAAUGACAUUCCCUUGUACAGGUGGCGCCAGAGUAGGACUAUAUCUGUCAGGAAAAUCUCCGACGAAGAUUUAGACGAUUGCCUCUGUCAGCAACAACAGGCUUGCAGCAGCCAAACACGUGGAUUUGUAAUCAACUGUAUACACUCGGGCAAAGACUGCGAAACAAUCAGAAAUCCAAAUGGUUGGCUCACUGAUUCGGUGAUCACAGCGAGCCAACUUUUACUUGUCCAACACUUCCCAAACAUACACGGGGUACAGCCUCCGGCACUGCAAGAAGUCAGGGGUUUAAACCUCAUUCUGAAAACUUUGUUCAGAACGCGAAUGCUCACUGGUGCGUGGUGUCCAAUGUUAGCUGCCAAAACAGUGUUUACGACACCUUCUACUCCGCAUUAAACUCGAAAGCCAGAUGGUGGAUGUGCAGAGACAAUCCAAUGGCUCAGACUGUGGGAUUCUUGCCAUAGCCAUAGCACGUGACUUGUGUGCUGGGUUUGAUCCCGGACAAGUCCAGUACGACCCAAAGAGAAUCAGAUCACAUCUGGAAACAUGCCUCGAAAAUGUUUUCAUACACUUUCCGGUAACUAGCAAGCGUACGAAUGGAGGUGUUAGGACAUCGCAAGAAGUCGAGUUGUAUUGCACUAGUUUGCAGAAUGCCCGAAGGGAGUGAUGAGGAGUGGGCCGCAUGUGAACGAUGCAAUAAGUGCAUAUUCCUGACAGUGUUUUGCUCAGAAGUUCGCUGGGAGUGCAAGGGCUGUACAGAGACAAUUGAUUGUUAAACAUUUGUGUUAUAUACUAACAUGACUAAUCGUUUGUUAUAUACGUUCGAUAUACCGAUUGACUGCACUCUCCAGGCUGUCAGACGCUUCUACCUCUCAACCCUACCUGUUCUACCGUCACCCUCUCGAUUUCACCAGCCCUACCUAACCAUGAGUAUGACCUCUGACCCCUGUCUCUAAAGGCAGGGCUAAGGGCCCAGUUUGUUCCUUAGUUGGACUUCUCGUCACCUGAGAGUAGUGGUCUUGACAAUUUGCCUGAAAUCAAAGUGUCUACUGACCCCCGAAGUUUUUUUCUUCAGGUUCUUCAGAUAGCAUACAUGUAUCUGUUGUGAUGGUCGAUAAAGUGAAGUCGACAAUGGUGCCAGCUAACAGCUCCCGCAUUACAGUGUUAAAACAAUAAAAACCCUGUAACAAGUGAUGAGGGGAAUCAGGAAGUUAUUGUUGUUGAUUCCGAGCAAGUGGCGGUAGGGAAAGCCUCAGCGACGAUAGUAUGGAAGUGAGUGUUUUUGAUGGGACUACAAAUAGCAAGGGUGGUGACUCUGAUCCAGAGACUCCUAACAAGGGACGAGGUCGUCCCAAGAAGAGUACUGUCACCGUUGACUCUGAUCCAUAGACUCCUAACGAGGGACAGGUCGUAAGUGUCUUAAAACUAUCUCUAAUUAUUGUUCCUUGGUUUAUGCAAAGAGUACUGUCACUGGUGACUCUGAUCCAGACAGUGUCGGAUCCAGAGGGGGUUCUUUGGGUUCAAUUGAACCCCCCUUUUGAGAAAGAAGUGAGUGGGAGGCUCAAGUAACUAGUUAGCAAGUUGUUUCUUUCUUACUAGCUUUCACAUGCACUUCUCACUUACCUUUAGUCCUUGUUAGUCCUGCGAAGCUUUGUCUGUGCAGUUUCAGUGACUAUGAAGGCUAAAAACUCUCCAGUGUAGUGCAUGCAGACUGCUUAUGAAAAGUGAUGACCUUUUUUUAGGAAAAAAUUCGGUGUGUUAAUGCGCAUGCUCACUGUUUCGAAGAAGUGACGACCUUUUUUUUAGGUAAAAUAUCAGUCCUAGACCCGCUCAGAGCCCUGGAACCCCCCUUUCGAGAAUCCUAAAUCCGCCACUGCCAGAGACUCCUAAAUAAGGGACGAGGUCGUCCCAAGAAGAGUACUGUCACUGUUGACUCUGAUCCAGAGACUCCUAACAAGGGACGAGGCCGUCCCAACAAGAGCACCGUCACCGUCACAGAUGACUUGGGUCCCAGUCAUUCUGAGGGUGUAGCUGCUUCUACUUAUCUUUGCUCUUGGAUAAACUGUUAGGCUUGACAAGAGCUGACAAAAACUGUCUCAAAUCAGGGGCUUGGUUGUCUGCCAAUCAUAUAUCGGCUUCAAACAAACUGUUAAGAAUGACAAAUUGCUCACAGAAUGGCCUACAAGACACUGCGAUACUUUCAUACAAAUCCUUAUGGGAAUCAGUUCCCAAAGAUUUUGUCCAAAUCAUUCAACAAAUUUUUGAAGCCUGGCUCUGUUGAUCUGUAUGAUUCUCUACACACCAUCCUCUCCGAAGAAGAUGGCUCAAUUGUUAGACAAGUGUGCACAAUAAUGAAAUCUUGUUCGGCAUAGCAAUGGCAACAGAUCUUUGUGCCGGAUAAGACGGAUUUAUUCGCAAUUUCUUAUGAGUUUUGAAACGAAAUGUUUCCAAGUAGAGAGCGUACCCGUGUAUCGGAGAGGAUUGGACACACACUCAGCUUCAACCUGUUCUGCCUUUGCAGGAUGCCAGAAAUGUCAAAACGAGUGGCUUCUGUGAGACAUGAGAGUACUGUCACAGAUGACUCAGAUACAGAGCCUGCUAAACAGAGACGAGGUCAUCCCAAGAAGAGUACCGUCACAGAUGACUCAGAUACAGAGCCUGCUGAACAGAGACGAGGUUGUCCCAAGAUGUGCAGUGUAGAGUGCAGUGAACUGAGAGCUAGCUACUAUCGACUUGAGUUACAGCAGGAGCAGCUAGACACAAUAUCUACAGGAUACUAACAUGUGUGACACUGAAGAAGACGUGCUCAGCGAGUAUGGCAGUCUAAAUGGCAGUCAAUCUGGAAGUCGCCACAGGACUGUGAUUGUGAGAAAUGGUGUCAUGGGCUGUGAGUUGCCAAAUGGAAAUUUACAGAGGAGAGCAACUUCCACAUCAGCAGUGUAAAAAUGAAGAUGAAACUGCAAGGGAUGGAGGCAGGGUGGAUUGUGGUGGUCACUGAUGUCCUUGGAGGGGAUGAACAGUAAGUAUUGUAUUACACGAUUUUAUUGAUAAAUGGUUUGUGGUACUACAAUUGUGGCUGUUGGCACACUGAGAUGGUAUAAUUAUUAGUUACCUGACACCAUGUAUUGCUAUGAUUAUGGUUUUUGACACUGGUUUUGUGGUUCAUGCACUUUUGCAAUGCUUUUUCACGAUGAAAGAUGUAAAGAGCAGCAUUCCUCAAUGAAUCCAUGGAGUCUGGUUCUCUCAUGUGCCAACUGUAUAGUGCUGAGCUUAGCAAGCUGUUGAUGAACAUGACAAACAGCUUUUGCAGAGAAUAGCUACGCCAAGAGAUUCCAAAAGUACAGUACAUCAAUAAAGCAGCUGUUUGUCUGGGAAAACAGCCAGAUUCUGAUAUAUGGGUCUUGAACGACAAGAUUCAGCUGACCGGAUCUGGGAUUAAGGUGGCUCAAGAAGAAUCUCAAUUCAUUUGGCUGGGCAGCAUGAUCGGAAACAGGAAACUGCCAAAUGUUGCUCCAGCAAGUUUGUUCCAGAGAAGAUGACCGCCCAAAACGCACUAGACAACACUCUUGUGUGCCUCAAGCAGGCUGUUAACAACAACUAUGUGCCUGCAUCCAUGUUGAUUGCAAGUGCAGGAUUGGCCAUGCACUAUGAGACAGUAUAUACUAUCACUGUAUGGAAUGUGUCCCACACCUGUCGCUGUGGGGCCGAAGAAUACUGGCAAAAGUACAGCUGCCAAAUCUGCUCUUGCCCUGUUAGGCACUCCACAGUUUUUUGUGAGGAAUUUUACGGCCACACAGACGUCAGCACUCAACAGUAGAAAAACAUUUCCCUCAGUUUAUGACGACCCAUCAGACAUUGGAAAGGUGAAGUCCAUGAUUGACAACUCGUUCAAUGCUGGUGCAAGAUGCACUUCCCGGAGCACUACCGUUGCAAGGUCUGUACAUGUGGGAAUAGUCACCAUCAACACAGUAAUUUCAAGGAGAGCAGCCGUGUAGUCUUCAUCUCCUUUGAGCCAGCUACCAUAGCUUCAGCCUCAGAAUCAGGUGUGGCAAUUGAUGACACCCGGCUACUUACAGCACUCAAGGGUCUCUGUUCAUUUCCUUGGGAAAGAAAUUUGAAACUAUACGGCUGUAUCCAGAGGUAAAAGUAGAAACAGAAUUGGCGGAUCAAGUACUAACCGAGACAGUCAGAGGGGGUGUGGACAAGAAACUGUCAGAUGUGUUUGCUGAGGAAAAAAUGACUGUCAACCAGCGGAUACGCAAGAAGUAUAAUGUACCCAGGAUGACAGAGCCAAAGGCAAAGUUGUGCAUGGCACAAAACCAGGCCCUCUGACAGCCGGAUGCCCUAGUGUCAUACCUCGUUCAUAUGGCAAAAAAUGGUUUCCCACUAACCCCUAGAAUGACAACCGCUUUUGCAUGGGCAAUUUCAGGCAAGGCUGAUCGCUUUUGAAAACGGACCAAGCAAGAACUGGUUUACUUGAUUCUUGACACUCCGGAAAAUGGACAAUUUAGAGCGAUCCAGAGCGGAGGCAUUGAGUCCUGAAGUAGUCAGUCGAUAUUUCGAUCUGUUGGAGAAAACAGCGUCAGAUCUAUAAUACGGAUGAAACGUUUCUCCCUUUAAACGAAUCAAAAGAGAAAGCGGUUACUGUCAAGAAUGCCAAAACAGUCUACUCUCAGUCGAUGGGCACAACAGAGCACAUCACAAUGUUGUGUGCUGGAUCAGCUGCAGGAGGUGCUCUCCCCCGAUGAUAAUAUAUCCGAAAGCCUAUCCAGGAGGCCAGUACAGGUUUGGUGGGCCUGAUGAUUCUUGUAUGCCAGGAGUGACUCUGGGUGGGUUGAUUCGGAGCUUUUUUUUCUGUGGUUGUUUGUAAAGUUUGCUGUUCCUGAAAGACCAAUCCUCCUUGUGGUUGAUGGUCAUGCGUCCCACCUCACCCUUGAUGUAAUCGAUUUCGCCAGAGAAAAUCAGUUAAUCCUUUUAUCUCCCACCUCACACGACCCACGCACUUUAACCCCUUGAUGUGUCCGUUUUUAAGGCUCUAAAAGCCCACUUUGCCCGAUCUUUGCGAGCAUUUUGCUAUUCUAAGAAGAAUUUUAUGGCUUCGAAACGUGAUUUUGCGCGUGUCGUGAAGGAGCCAUUCGAAAUGGCAUUUUCGAUCACCACCCUCAAAAAGAAAUGUGGAAUUUUCCCUUUUGAUUGAAAUGUAGUCGACGAUGCAAAGAUGGCACCUUCGAGUAUGUACAAGCCGGUCGAAAAUCCGCUAAAUGCUUUGACGUCCGCUAGCCAAGAUUCGGGUGUACUAGCAAGUGAUGACGAUCAAUCCAACGAUGGCCAGACAUCUGACACAGUUUCCCACGUUUCUUCUAGUCCAAUGCAACACACCAGUAACAGUGGUUUCUCACCAACUUUGUUCAGCACUCCUAACGUGUCUAAUACUAGCAUUUGCUCAAGCUGUAGCUCAACAGCAGGACCUGUGGUUAAUCCUUUAGUGAAAGCUGGACUGGUUCCUAGUAAUCUAGCCGAUAUUUUAGCAGCUAACGAGCCAGAGAUUCAACCAAAACGUCGAAUUAUCAAAGCCAGAGUGUUAACGGAGGAUGAGGAAAAAGAGAAAGAAGACAAAGAACUGAAACGUGAAAGGCGAAAGGAAGAGAGAGAAAAAGAGAACAACAGAAAGAAACAGGAAAGAGAAACCAAAAAGAAAACUGUGAAACGCAAAAGAAAGAAAUCUCCAACUCCAAUACCAUCUGGGACGGAUUCCAAUUAAUGCAGAUGAGGAGCAACAGGACAAGACAAAAGCAAAACCAAAAAAAAAAGAAGUCCCCAAUUCCUCCAGAAUCAGAUCCUGGACCUUCAAGAAUACAGUCGACGAAAAGGAAAGUGCGUAUGCCAUCCCGUUUCAAAACGAGUGUUCAGAUGGUAACGAAUCUGAUACUACGUGUGAAAAGUGCCACAAGAGAAAUCCUGAAGGCUGUGGUGAAGGUCACAUCUUUUGGAUUGACUGCGAUGUUUGCGGUAACUGGUAUCAUGUUUUCUGCGUUUACGGGAAGAAUUACACAAACUGUCGGUUCGUCUGUGAAAACUGUUCAAGUUGAUCUAUUGACAAAACUUUGAGUCUUGAGGCAUUUACACUAUAGCUAGCUACUAUUUGAUGUGCUUAUUCGGUAUUGAUAUUGUUAUUUUCAGCUUCAAUUCAACCCAAAAUUCAUAUGGUGAUACUAUUAUCACCAUUUGACUUACUCAGCAGAAUAUAGCAAUGUUGCUUCUCAAGUUGCUGACAGUGUCUUUUUUUUUAAUAGAGAAUGUUGCUGUAUAUCCAAUUAAAGGAACUGUUUAAAAAAAAUCAGUGUAUUAUCAAAAUUUUUCAAGGAAUGUUAAGGGGGAAGUAUACCAUUUUUUGGGAACAUUUUGUAAAAAAAGAUUUUUUCUUUUUUUUGUACUUCAUUUGUAAGACUUCUCUUGUAAGCUGUUUCAUAGCUUUUCUAUUAUUCAUAAUGCCAAUGAUAUGGAUAUGGGGGUGAUAUGAAAAAACGUUAUGUUAGAAAUUAUGUAACUAACAUAUCGUGCAACACUGUUUGUCAGUUUUUUGUUCUCUUUGUUCUUCUCUUUGCUGCUUUUGAACUUGAAUAUCUUGAAUUGCAUAACGAAAGGCCCCAGAAAUAUUUCUAUCACAUUUUGCUGAAGCUUCGAAGAAACGGAUGUCACUUGUCACUUGGAAUAGUACGAACCAUUUUCAGGGUCACUUGCUGUCUCUCUGAGCUAAUGUCACACUUAUUUCCAACCAUCAUUAUCGAUGCCUUUAUAUUCUGCUCAGACUUGAUAGAUUUUAUUUUUUUGCAAGGUCAAUUGCAAUGUGAAAUGAAUUGACACAGUCUAUUGCAAAUACACAGACAAAGGCAUCUCCUUUUCUGAUUUUAGAUAUUGUUGACACAGAAAGAGAUUGUCCCCCAGCACAUGCAGCAGUAUCCAAUAUUUCCAACAAGCAGCUUUCCCCAUCAAAGCAAAUGGUCUUCCUGUAAGAGUCUUUAAGUGUUGGAACAUAAUUAUCUAAGACACAGGUACCUCGUACAAACCUGUUGAUAAGACAAGUUUUUCCCACCAAGUUGGCGCCAAUCACCACAAUAUUAUACUCCAUUUUUGUCAUGUGCUUCUCUCUAAUAAUCUUUUGUUACAGCACAGUUUCACAUAAAUAGAUAGAGGACUACAUGUGAAAAGAGGUGGGGCUGGUCUGCAGGU